AUGUUCCAGAUCGAGGGUCUGGCACGGAAGAUGGACCCGGAGGAGAUGAAGCAGAAGAUGCGUGAGGAUGUGGUCUCCUCCAUUCGGAACUUCCUCAUUUACGUGGCCCUGCUACGAGUAACUCCGUAUAUCCUAAAGAAGCUGGAUAGCAUAUGAGGAUUGGGCGUCACAUGGAUGCAUGGCAUGAAGAAUCUGGUG